CACUCGUGUGCGCUGAGUUUUUUUUUUUUUUUGCCAAACGUGGCGCUAAUUGAAAGUUCAUUCGUUAAUUUACCCAUCAUCUCUUCUUUUUUCUAACCUCAUUUUAAUCGUUUCCCAUCAUCCAUGCAUGCUUUAAUUUAGCUAAGCAGGAAGCAGGAGUCCGCUGGCUGUGCGUUUGUGUUGUCAUCGUUGUUGUUGUUUUUGUUUUCACUCAUCAAUGUGUUGUGUUUUACAUUUCAAUGCAUCUUUUUGUUUCUUUCCCCUCCUUUUUGUUUCUUUUAUUCAUCUCAGGGAAUGCGGUCUCAGUCAAUGGACAUAGAAAACUUUGAAUCUGGGAGGUACAGGCUGCCCUCCAUUGAAUCCCUGGACAUUCCGGAAUGCAUACCGGUUGCCAAGGAUACCAGGCACGGCCAAUGGCUGCGCAGGAGGCGUCUGGACGGAGCGCUGAACCGAGUCCCCGUCGGAUUCUACCAGAAAGUCUGGAGGAUCCUGCAGAAAUGCCACGGUUUGUCCAUAGAGGGCUUUGUCCUUCCUUCUUCAACCACCAGAGAGAUGACACCAGGAGAGAUCAAGUUCUCUGUGCACGUGGAGACGGUGUUGAACCGCGUCCCUCAGCCCGAGUACCGGCAGCUGCUGGUGGAAGCCAUCUUGGUUCUCACCAUGCUGGCCGACGUGGAAAUCCCCAGCAUCGGAUCCAUCAUCCACGUGGAGAAGAUCGUGCACCUGGCCAACGACAUGUUCUACAAGGAUCAGGUGAGCGGGACGUCAACACCACAUACAUCCAGUGUAUCUUAUCAAGGCUUUUAUUGUCAUGUGUACAUAUUUACUGACAGAUCAAAUAGUGCGAGUAAACACGACGAAUAAGUAAACAAACACUGAAAUAAU